CCCUCGGUCAGGCUGGGAGGACACCCUGCAUGGGGUAUAAAUGUCUCCAUGGGAUGGAUGGAGAGAAUUCCUGUCCUCGGAGAGAAGGUCAGACUGAUCCCUGAAGUGUGUGCCGAGUCCCCUGAGGGACUAUUUCUUCAUGUCUCUCUAUUCUUCCUCCACAGGUUCUGGUGCUGAGUCCACAGACUGAACUCUACAAUGAAGCUUUGUGUCCUCGCUCUUCUCCUUCUGCUGGGUCUGGUCAAUGCCCAGGACAGAACCUGCAACCUGGACAAGGCCGUCAAAAGUUCAAUAAACCAGUACUGCCAGAAUACACCUCUGGACUGCACCUACGUGCGUUCCCAGGGCAGCGAAUCCACCUGUCCUUCCGGUUAUGCACCUACCGGCUGUUCCUGUGGGAUGGGCUGUGGAUCGUGGGACAUCAAGGAAAAAUCUCGGUGUCACUGCCAGUGCGACAAAAUGGACUGGACAGCGGCGGUCUGCUGCAGGAAUAAGUGCCAGUAACUUAGACACCGCCCUGCCCACACCGGGCAUCAAAUAUGAUUUGUAACUGGUGAUUACUUAAAUAAAUGUUUUACACCAUA